AUGAACUCCCUCAUCGCCACCACGGCCCUCCUGGCCACCACCGCGCUUGCACAGGGCAUUGGCAGUGCCAUCGUCCUGAACAACUGCAACUACGACGUCUCUCUCAACAACGUCCCCGCCUCCGGCGGCGGCGCCAGCGCCGUCUCCCAGACCCUCUCUCCCGGCGGCACCUACACCCAGGAAUGGACCCAGCUCACCAAUGGCGACGGCUGGUCCAUCAAGCUCGCCCCGCCCGGUGCGAGCAGCGUCAUGCAGUACGAGUACACCUUCCAGAACGACGGCACCAUCUGGUACGACCUCAGCGAGGUGAACGGCGACCCCUUCAACGGUGACUGGGUCAUCUCCGCCACUGGCGACUGCGCCCCGCGCCAGGCCGCGUACAUGUACUCCACCGACGACGCCUACGGAGAGCAGUCCUGCCCUCAAGCCUCCGCCAUCACCGUCUCCCUGUGCGGUCUUUCCGGUGGCAGCAGCUCUGGCGGCAGCCCGUCCUCCGCUCAAUCCGCUCAGUCCUCCCCGGUCGCCAGCCCUACGUGGAACGGCGCCCAGAGCGCCGUGAGCUCCGUCACCCAGGCAUUCGGCAGCGUGACCAGCGCCUUUGACAACGCCGCCGCCGCCGUCGCCACCCCGACCACCUUCGCCACCGCCGUGGUUAAGGGCGGCAAGACGGUCACCAACAUGCACACCGUCGUCGUCACGCAAUACGUGUCCGCCGCCGAAGCCGCCGCGACCGAAGCGGCUGGCUCGAAGCGCCACGGCCACAUUCACCGCCACGCCGACUUCCACAACCGCGCCUAG